UUUUGAAAGAGCCUGGGCACUACCUAGGCGAAUGUUGAGCGCGCUUUUUGUAGUGAGAAGAAGACGGGUUAGGCCUAUAUUUAUUGGCUUUACUUAAAAUGACAUGCCAGAGAGAUGCCAUUGUGCGUUUUUCAAGGUGAAAUGGAUUUAAAAGUUUAUUAGAAUGACAACCAGAAAUUGAUUUCAAAGACAAAGAAAUUCAAAAAUUAUAAGGCCUAACGACAUGGAAGGAGAUCGUAUCUUGCGAUGCGUUUUAAACGAAUCACCCAGUCAUUUACUGGUCAAAGAUGUCGAGAAUUAUCUGAAGCCUGCUGAAAGAAAUGCCAAAGGAAAUGGAUCUGAAAUGACAAAGUACCAGACUUUUUCAUUAAAACUUUUGCGAUGUAGCAUACAAGCCUUUGAGAAAGCUAAAGGUGACAUUUUUCACCUACUUGAAGCUUGCAAAGUUGCUGUUAAUUAUGUUGCGUCUGCAUACCAUCAUUGGACAUCUGCAAACAAUAUACAAGCCUGUGAGCUCGAACGACUUACAAAGCUGCUUUAUCAUUUUCUGGCUCAUCUAAGUAAGAUUGAAGAUCUUACCAGAUUCGCCUGGUUUUCAACAAAAAUGCUGUGCUUCCUGAAGCUGGAGGCACAAAAGCAAAGCAAGUCAAAUUCUGUGAGAAUCGAUUCAGAGACAGUGAAAAUUAAUGAAAAGAUAUUUGAGAUACAUUGGAAGCUUGCAGGGAAAGCAUCAAAGAACAUGGAAUUGUUUCAGGACGUAUUUAUUAUCAGAAUGCUUGGUUUAAGAUACCUUCUUGAUUUCAAAAAGGAUCUGAACAAAUUUGAGAAGUACUUUGAAAAUAUGGUCCUUAACUUUUUACAUGAGAACAGAAGUCAGUCUAUAGUUAUUAAUACAGAAGCAAGUUUUGUUUUAAAAGACAUAAUUGCAAGUUUGUCGGUUAACCUGCCAUCAAAUAGUAAAGAGACAGCCAGAAAUCAAGGAACAUCCAUGUACAUUGUAUUACUGUCUUUUAAAUUGCUACUUAUCCACGGAGGCUCUAUAGAAUGUGCCGAGACCCUAAGCAAAGGCCUAAUUGGAAUAGACUCUACUUCAAAUUUGAAACCCUUGAUCAGUACACUGAUUAACACCCACAGAAGCCAUUCUGUUUUGAAAGCAACUUCAAGUUGUAAAAUCACAAAAACAUUAUGCAAGCAAGCAGGAACAAUGAAGCUAUGCCUACAAGGCCUUGAAGCAACGCACCAAGAAUUGUUCAGAACCAAAGUUUUUAUGGUUAAUCCAAAGAUUGCUGUUAUCUAUGAUAUUAUAAAGGAAUUUCUUAAAUUCCAAGAAAAGCUUUGUUGGGAAAUCAUUGAUGGUCUUUGUGAUAUGGUCAUCUCAUUUAAGAAUCAUGUCGAAGUAGCUUUCAAGAGCAUAAGUUGUGGCUUGAAAAAUGGGAGCAACUCAAAAGUUGUUGAUGAUCUGCUGACUGUUUUCAAAGCUCUUUGUACACAGUGGUACUCUUUUGUUUCCUGGUGUUUACAAUUGUUUCAAACUUGGCUCAGCAAAACUGGAAAAAUGCAAGUUGAUGGGAAAUGCACUUGUAUCACAAAAUCAUCAUUCAAAAAAGACAAACUAUUCGAAACUUGUUGUACACUUGUCGCCAGUGGCACAAGUGCUUUGAAAACCAUGGAAGAAUGGAAAGUUAACGUUUUGGAAACAGACUACAAUUGGAUUGGUGUAACCUCGUAUAAUUUAGGUGUUGUUGCUCAAAGGGACGGAUCCCUUAAAGCAAGCAUCUCUCUAUUUGAUCAGUCCAUUGAAAACCUAAAAGAUUGGGUGCAAAAAUCACAAAAUAAAGAUGCUGCAUUGACAAGGCUGCAACAGACAAAUCUGGUGUUCAAGCAUCACAUUCUGAUCGAUGCUUUGGUCAAAUCUGGAUCUAGCGAUGCAGCAUUAUCAAAAAUUGCCGAUUUCCUAUGUUUUUUGUUGUCUGGUGAAAUUGCCAAUAAUGAUUGCCAGACCAAGGGAGAGCUGAUACGAGACCAAAUUCAUCUUUGGUUCAAAACACAGGGAAAGGCUUCGCGUGGAGGAAGUGAAUUUGAAGGAAGCUCGAUGACUAGCAAGCUCAUAGGAUUAAGCAAAGGUGACUUGAAGUUUGUAGCUGAAUGCGAAAUGACGGAGCUCACCACAGGAAGGUCCAAGAUUUGCAUAGAAGCUGUGAAGGAUCUUUUGAGUUUUAUAACCAAGACGUAUGAUGAAAAAAACAAAGAUUUCGUUGCAUGGGCGAUGUUGGAGUAUGCUUGGCUACCAUAUGAUGAAAUAGAGACAGAAGAAAGGGUGCAGGUUUGCAGCGAAGCGAUCAGUAGACUUGAGGAAUGCACUGACGGCGAAAAUGAUCCAAGCUCUGCCAAUGAUAUGCUUGCAACUGGCUUUUUUCAACUCGGAUGCUGCCAGCGUAAAUUGAGUAUCGCAAAUGUGAUUAAUGGGGCAAUGGACACCUACGUCGGCCUGGACUGCGAUACGAAGCCCGUCAUAUACGACGAAGAAUGCUUUCACAAUCAGCCUACCCUGGGAGACAUGGAUUACAUUACGUCAUUUAACACAGCCUUGGACAUCUGGUCUGCUCUUGCUCAAUCAGCAGUGAAAGGAAAUGACUGUUCUUCUUUUCAAAGGUUAUUCCGACGUGUCGAGAAAUCUGCCUCGAGCCUAUACUAUAUUGGACAUAUCUACGCCUUGAAUCGCCAGCGAUUCUCAGCUGUACAAGCAUUCACCCUUUCGUCUUUGCUUUUGGAAACGAUUUCACCAAAUGUUUUGAAGCAUCAGGCUGAGAUGAAAGUAGCUGCGACUUGCCAGAUCACUAGACUGCUGACUGAAAUUUUCGACUUUCCAAGUGCGUUAUCAGUUUUGAACAAUGUUGGUGAAGUUGACGAAACUGAAAAUCUAGUUUGCCUGAAUUUCCAAAUUACAAAAGCAUUCUUGCUGCAAAGAGCUGGUGAGAACCAAAAAGCAAUCAGUAUAUUAAAGUCUGCCCUGUUGGAUGCUAGAGUGCUGCAAAAAACACCGAAGGCCUUCUUCACAAAGGCAGAUUGUCUUCUCACCUUGGCUUUGGCAAGUGAGCACCCCCAAUGUGCUUUGCAGUCAGUAGAUUACCACCCGUUGUCCUUGGCUCAGGAAGCUUUGAAAAUAUUCCGAAAUCUUAUGCAGCUACACUUGGGAUGUAAAGAAAACUCGUCGAAAAAAGACAAUCAAAAAUUACAAGAGGCUAGCGACGUCUCUCCUUGGAUUGUUGCUUGCAAAUUGUUGGACUGUUUGCUGUACAUAGCUCAGCGAUACCAGUUGCAAGGUUGCAUUCCUGAAGCGCGAUGCCAUAUCAAGGAGGCUUUGGUUUUAUGCGAACAAUUCUCCCUAACCGAAAGAAAGCUGGAAUUCCUCGUCGAAGAUGCAAAAGCCAGCCUACUAUCACACGAUGAAGAGAAGGCGGAGAUGUCCAUCUCAGAAAUUGUCAAAACUUUACGAGCUAAAACUGAAGAGGGGAAAAGGCCUCACGAAGUACCAGCUUUUUAUCGUCAUGAAGAGAAUUGUGCUUGCGAGUUUUGUUCUGAUGUCUUCCUAGUUGAUCUUUGUUUAAAAUGCUUGAUGUUAAGGCGCCAUUAUAGCUUGAUUGCAUCAAAGGAUAUAGUGGAUACUCGAUGUAAAGCGGUUUCACUGAGCGCGGCUUUGGAAGGGGCUGUGCAAAGAGGGAAAAAUGCGGUUAUUAAUUUAAGAAAUGUUUUACGUUCAUAUACCAUGAAGAGGAAGAAAAAGGUGAAAUUUCAUUCUGACAAAUCACUUUUCUCUAAAGACAUGUUUGAUGACAAAACAGUCUGUAGUCUAGAACCAGACGAUGUUUCUCGAUUAGUUUACUGCGGACAGCGAAUAGAAUUUGCCUGUAUUGACUACCGCCUCGCGCUUUACAGUCAAAAUUGCGGACUGCAGAAUGAUAUUGACAUGACGUUAAGCGAUAUAAGAACUUCGCUUGUAUACCGAGUCAUCAGUUUAGUCUAUAGGACAGCUAUAGCCAAACUUCUGCAGAUCAAGGUAGAGAUGCUUUUGGCAAGUGAUCACGGACAAAAAGCUGUUGAACAUUCAUGGAAAUUGUGCAGAAAAAUUCAAAGAGCUACGCACACUGGAGCUGGGUUAGAUGUUCCAGAGGCGAAAAAGGUAUCACCUGAGGUAAGGGACGGACGCCGAAGACGAGGACGGAAACCGAAAGCGGCAUCACGAAAGUCUGCGAAACCCACGGCGAAUAAUGAGGCACCGAUGCCUAAUGUAAAGGGUGAUGUAAAAGGAAAACACGAUGAAGGUAUGCAAUUAGACCAGCUGCUAGAAGACCUAAGCAAGAUGUGUUCAGAAGGCCUGUCUCUUCUCAUCCCCCAACUGGACUGCCUGCAAAUAAAGUCGUUUUAUGAGCUUUUGUCUCUCGUAUCGGGACAGCAGUCACCCAAGCAGGCUGCUUAUUUGGAGCAACUUUCGUUUUCAAGAACUCUUCAUCAGCAAUUGCUAUCAAGGUCAAUCAAAAAUAUGAGGAAAAGUGUUUCGGAGUACAAGGCUUCCUGCAACGAUAACGAGGCUUUGUUUCUAGAGGAAACAAUUUCAACAGUUACUGGAAUGAACGAAACAUUCGCGUUCCAGAACGAAGAAAACAUUUCCAAGCUGUUGUUGGAUGGGUUGCCUUCUGACUGGAGAAUCUGCUCCUUGCGAUUGUCAAACAUUGGCGCAAAAGCUAUACUGAUAACGAGACUUCAGGCUGGCAAGCAACCAUUGGUUGCCCGUCUACCAAUCAACGAUCAGGACGAAACCGAAAAAGAGGAUUCUGAAGUUGGUUCUCUUGUGCGUGAUCUUGCGUCCGUAUUUGUCACCGAUCCAUUCGAAGAGUUCCAAGAUAUUCUCGAACAAAGUCUCCAGAGUUUGCAGACUGAUGACGUCAAAACAUGGUGGAAUGACAGAAAGAAGCUAGAUGCCCGAUUAAAAAAAAUGUUGAGCAAAAUUGAAGAAAAGUGGUUAGGAAGCUGGAAGGGCUUGCUUCAUGGAGAGAGAAUCGAUUCGAUUGAAAAUUCGCUUAUCAGUGAGCUUGCGAAAGAAUUUUGCGAUGAUGUUGAGGCCCAUUAUUCAGUGAAAUUACCAAGGGACUUUGUCGAGAUCCUUUUUGACAGCUACCAACAGUUAAAGAAAGUUCAAGUAAUGAAAGGUCUGGAGGAGCUGUUGGAUUCUCAAUUCACAGAGCAAAUAUAUGAGAUGUUUUUUGAGAAAGCAGAAAGGCUGACCAAUGAGGAUACAAAACCGGAUGUUAAGAGUACACCAUGUAGAGGGAGGAAAGAGAAAAAAAGGUCGAAGAAUAAUGAUGCAACGAAACGAGCUCCUGUGAUACUUGUUCUGGAUAAGCACCUUCAGAAGAUCCCAUGGGAGAGCACCUCAAUUUUGCGUCAUCAAACAGUUUCAAGGAUGCCUUCAUUAAUUCUGACGAAACUAAGUCACAUGAUUUCCGAGACUCUUUUAACAAAUGGUGUUGACGUUAGCGAUACAUUUUAUGUACUAAAUCCACGAAACGAUCUUCAAAAUACACAAAAAACGUUCGAAAAAUGGUUCAAGAGUGACCAAGGUUGGCAAGGAAUCAGUGGAAGGGCUCCAACUGAAAACGAAUACAAACGUGCACUUCAAGAUCACCAAAUGUUUGUAUAUUGCGGCCAUGGGAAUGGAAGAGAAUUUCUUCGCGGAGAUGACAUUCAGCGCCUGAGCUGUAGAGCAUUAACUUUCCUCAUGGGCUGUAGCAGUGGGAAGUUGCAGGUUAAAGGCGAGCUUGAUGCAAGGGGCAUGGCGUUGCAUUAUUUAAUGGCCGGAUGCCCAGCAAUAGUUGCAAAUCUUUGGGAUGUGACAGAUAAAGACAUUGAUCGUUUCCUUUCAAAGCUACUCAAGGAUUGGCUGGACACAGAUGUCAAUUUAACAGACUGCAUUUCGUCUGCAAGGGAGGCUUGCCUCCUUCCAUACCUUAUUGGUGCUUCGCCUGUUCUUUAUGGACUUCCAGUAGUUACAAAAGCGAAAUCACGUUAAAUUGUAAAUUAGAUUGUUGAAAAUGUGUGUUUUUAACUUUGCAUGUAAUCGUCUGCGUUCGCUAUAGUCAUCUUUCAUUUUUGGACGAUUUAUUUUGUCUGCUUGACUACUGUGAAAAUUGCAGCUUAAUGAACUUAUACCCGACCCUGCCGAAACUGCAUGUAAGCAUUUUAAAGGUGAUAGUGUUUUGAAAAGACCGAAAAGUAAAGGUGGUUGUGUUUUGAAAAGACGGAAACUUUCGAAACCAUGCAUAGACUUUAUUCUCCGUAUCAUAUUUCGGUAAAGAUAAUCUUGUUGUUUGUAAUGAGCAGCUGCUGUUUACUGAUAGAAGCAUUAUCUCCUUCUGAUCAAGCACUGAAAAUGGGUAUGAAACUAUUUUAAGAUUGAAUUUUGCUAUCAAGCAAAUCAUAGGAAGGUUUGCAGCUGUUCCUGAUAAUUUUUUCUUUCCAUUUAGAAGACCGAAACCUUAUCAAAAAGUAGUACCCACCUGCAGAUUUAACUGUAAAAUUUGUAAAAUUUUAGGCGAGUCAAACCUGCCCUACCCCCCCUCCCCUCCUUUAUCUCAAGACAAUUUCAUAAAUUGAGGUGCCUAAAAUCUGCCAAAAAAUUGCUCUGCCAUCGACUGUUUUUAUACAUUUCUUCAUUGUUAAGCUGUUCUUAUGACAUGACGUUAGAUUUCAUUCUUCUAUAUGAAGAAACAUUUAUUUUUUGCUGCAAUACAUAAAAACCAUCCCAAAACCUGUUGAAAUUUCCUUCUAUCUCUUUAGAGGCAUACAAGACUCCGUUUAACGCAAAUUGUUCAAACUAAUAAUUUUGAUAAAGUGUUAUUUCGUCCAUCAAUUACAUGUUGAUUUUUUAGCAUCCUUCUGUGCCAUUCGUCAUCGAAGCAAGGACAGUGGAGCAUACAGAUUGAGGAGGCUAAUAAUUUUUUUUGGGGGGUGGGGGGGUGG